GUCAGAGUUGUACGUUUGUGUGCGAGUCAGCCUUCUACGAUUUCCAUAUGCAUGUAUCGUCUCUUCGUUGACCUAAGAUGGCCUCCUUCGAAGCACAAGUAUAUUUACUUUGCCGUCGGCGCCUUCCUCCUGAUGACGGCGUUGGGAGACUCAAGAGCUGAGGUCGAAGUUCCCGUGAUGAUCGAAGUGACCUCCGUGACCUUGGAGGAUGACCUUGGCUCCACGGCCGCUCCCGGCGAUCUGACCGGGAACUUAACAACAUGGACAUGGCCCCUGGGGUUCUGUAACAACACCAGCGAGUGUGGCCAGGGACUCGCCUGCUUCGGGAACCUCUGCUCUUGCCCCCGGAAUUGCAAAUACGUUCUAAACAAGUGCGACUGCGGACAUGGGCGGCUAUUCCCCUGGUGGUAUUUUCUCAUUGGUGGGUUGCUGGGACUUGUUGUCUCGUAUUACUGUGUGCAAGAAAUCAAAAGCAGAAGCAAGAAGAAUCAGAAUUCCGAGCCAGAGAUAAUCUUCAUAGCGCGACGCCCUUCCUCCGACGGACGGUUUCGUGUCACCGGCGACGCCUCCGCCCUCCACCUGCACACAGGAGCGCCGCCGUCCCCUGCGAGAGACAGGUCACCUCCAGCUCUCUCGUCGCAGUUACAACCAACUCUGAAUAUUCCUGUUACCCCCCUGCCACCUAUCGGACAAACCUAUCCAUAAACUUCCUGACUCUUCCUCUUCUGUGGCCUAAGCCUCUGAGUCGUCGGCGUCUUCUGCGUCAUCUUCCCGGCCCCACGACGAAGAUUCUUCAGAGGGACUCUUCUCCAGGCUACCGAAGCCUUCAUUUGGGUCAUCGGAUCCUCUUUUGGGUUGCCGAAUCUUCUUCUGGGCAACCCAAGUCUUCUUCUGGACCAUCGACAUUUCUCUUGGUCACCGAAUCUUCUCUUGGACCAUCGGAUUCUCUUUCGAAUCUUGUCUUGGUAAUCGAAUCUUGUUUUGAGCCAACAUAUCGUCUUUUAGGCCAU